GCGGGCUAUCCCGCAAAAGGCUUAACCGCCAAGGCCUGCCGAGAGAGCCCAAGCUUCGGUUCGCGAGGAAUCCUGCCGUGUCUGCUUAUCGACACGCCCCUUUUCGGGCCUCCCAAUCUCUUUUUCUCAUCUCCAUGUCCCAUCUCUUUUCGUCCGUCGUUGACGUUCCCUUUUCUGCUGAGAUCCCUCGACAGCACCACACACCACACUCCUUCACCCACCAGCUCCAGCUACAACCACACGCGGCAAGCACUCAACUUGCCCUGACCGAGACGAAGCACUCCCAAUUGCCUCACACAAUCCCUCUAAACAUUCGAUUCUUUUCCGACACGGCCGAUCAGUUGAUCUUGAUCCCCCGAUUUUUACGCGAUUUUUUUGGACAACGACAUCCUUGGAGAAUACAAAGAGCAGUACAGCGACAUGCAACUACUCUGAUCACUCGGCGACACGAGACGUACAUAUCAACAGUCUGAGCGAGCAACAUCUGUACAUACAUCAAUACAACACCCCAAGCAUACGACAGCUGAAUCGACAAUGAGAUUAACACCAUCUUUCGCCCCGGCCCUCGGGCUGCUGGCGUGGACAUCGCUCAUCAGCAAUGUCGCCGCCCAGGUCACCACCCACUGCUUUCCUAUGAACGAGACGUGCCCGCCAAACCCCGCCUUCGGCAUGGACUACAACUUUGUCUUCAACGUCACCCCCAAGUUCGAAGCCUGGGAAACCACCGUCGGCCCUGUCAAGUACUCUCCCGAGACUGGUGCCGAGUUCACCAUCAACAAGCAGGGCGACUCGCCCACCAUUCGCUCUCGCUUCUACAUCUUCUGGGGUCGUACCGAAAUCUGGCUCAAGGCAGCUCCCGGUCGCGGCAUCAUCAGCUCCAUCAUGUUGUUGAGCGACAACCUGGACGAGAUCGACUGGGAAUUCUUUGGCGGCAACUCCACCGUCGCUCAGAGCAACUACUUUGGCAAGAACCAACCGCACUACACCAACGCCCAGUACGACCAGAUCCCCAGCGUCCAGGACGACUUCCACAACUACACCCUGGACUGGACCAAGGACUACCUUGACUUCUACAUUGACGGCGCCAAGUUCCGCAGACUGACUCCAGAGGAUGCCAUUAGCAAAGGCGACGGCAAGAAAGACGAGGGUGGCAUGGAUCUGUACCCCCAGACACCCAUGCGCAUUUCUAUCGGUAUUUGGGCCGGUGGUGACCCCAGCCUGCCCGAGGGCACCCGCGAGUGGGCUGGCGGUACUACCGACUACACCAAGGGCCCCUUUUCCAUGUUUGUCAAGAACUGCCACGUCACCGACUACAGCAGCGGCAAGGAAUAUGUGUAUGGAGACCGGUCUGGUUCGUGGGAGAGCAUCCAGAUUGUCGAGGGUAAUUCUACCGUCGAGGAGGUCAUGAACGCGCCACCCCCUGUGCCCGAGAAGACCAUGGCCGAGAAAUGGGAGGAACUUCCCAACGCCGCCAAAAUUGCCAUCUACGCCGGUGGCUCCUCUGUCGGUGCUGCCAUUCUCUUCGCUGCUCUAUUCUACUGCAUCCGCCAGAGAAGGCAGGGGGCCAAGGAGGCCACCGAGGCCGCGGCGCGUGCCGAAGCCGAGCGUCUGGAGAUGGAGCGGUUCAGAAAGGAGGGCAUCAACCCUGAUGCUUUCACAAGCAACGCUCACGAGUACAAUGCCAAGGACAUGGCCCAAAACGGGCAUGCCGACAAGGACAGCUACAGUGUUCCCCCCUCGCCCGCCCCCGCCAACGAGAAGUUCGGCAACGUUGUCGCCAUGGCCACAGCGGCCGCCGCCGGUGCCGGUGCCGGUGCCGGUGCCGCGGCUGCUCGUGCCGCCAACAAUGGCAACGACGGUCCCAUGAGCCCCACGAGCACUCCUCUUCUUCGCGAAGGCGCGCAGUCUCCACGUACGGUAGACCCCACGAACCCCUUCGGCCCCAACUAUGUCGGCACUCAAAGCGCCCGGUCCCCCGGCGCCCCGUCUCCUUACAACCCACACGAAGGCUUGCGCUCACCAACAGGGUCUUUGUACAACCAGUCCAUGUCGCCGCCCCCGCACCAACCCCUGCCACACCCACCGACACGGAGCAUGACGAACCAAAGCCUUCAGUCGAGGAUGGGGUCACCGGGACCGAAUCAGCAACAGCACGGGUUUGACUUUGGCAUCGGUCAGCCGCCGCAGCGAAGCGCCACCACCAGCCCAGCACCUCUCGCUCACCCCCAGCCUCAGAGGAGCUUCACCACACCCACGAGCGGAUACGGAACGCCCCCGCAGCUGCAGCAACAAUCAUCGGGGUACGGCAACCCUCCAGGACCGGCUAACGGCCCUCAACAGGGGUACUGGAAUGGUGGAAACGGUGGCGGCGGCGGUUACAGCUAA